CAGAUACAUACAAUAUGGCAAGACAAAAUACAAAAUACGUGUGUUACGUAACUCUUUUUUGUAUAGAAGGACAAUAGACCAAUGACGUGUAAAAAUGGCACCUGAUUCAACCUCAAAAAAAAAAAAAAAAGUACUUUCUCAGUAAAAACUUCUCUUCUGAAAUCUAAUAAUGGCUUGUAUUUGUUUAAUUCAAGACAACGAGCAAAACUACAAUUAUAACGAUCUAGUGGGCCGUCCGACAGGACAGCCAUUCCGUGACUCGCAAUUCACACCACUUGGUGCUGGCGAACCUAUUGGACCCGAUGUUGUUAAGGACAGGAUGGCGAAAGAUUACGCUGCCUAUUUCAGUGACUUCGAUGACACAAUAGCUUUUGAGCAGCCGAAGGUGUACGACAAUUGCUGGCUGCAGGCCAUGUUAGCAGUGGAAUGGGGCUUCUCACCAAACUGUAACGAAGAUGGCUCAUAUGGUCCUAAACAAUGUUUGAAAAAAAGAUGCUGGUGUACCAGCCUAGCCGGUGAAAAGUUACAUAAUAAAGGCGGGAAAAACAACGACGGAUUCUAUUAUGGCGUGGAUGCACUGUUAUUGAGAUGCAAUCAAAACUAA